AUGCCACCCAUGGGUGGUUUCAAAACUAUGCCCAGCCCGGACCCUUUUACGUUUGAAGCCUCAUCCGUAAAAAGGACACAUACCCUUGAUGAUGUACCUGAUUUCAACAGUUCUUUUUCGGCUUCGGGCUGGGUUGGAGUCACUGUCUGUGAUUGCUAUUUGGUGUCCUAUUCUCCUUCCGGGCCCGGGCCCUUUAUCGGCAAAAGUGAGGACAUUGGUUUGGCUUCAUCGACGGCGAACAUUUCUUUUGCGGCUGGCUGCUUCGCGUAUACCGUUUUGACAUCUCCCGAUGCCGGAAAUUUAAGGAUCUGUGCGCUUAAGCAUCGGUUCCCGGGGGGUAUCGGUGCCACCGAUGAUCAUGUGGAUAAUGUGUUGUGGUUCUUCUUGCUAGUUCUGCUUGCUGACAUCCCUACUUCUAAAAUGGCUCUUUGCUCUAUCACUCAGAAACUCCCGAAGGUCCGUACGGGGCUCUGUUCUGGGGGUGACCUCUCGAGGUGGGUUGGAAACCGGCCUGCUUUGUGCGCGAGUUUGGCUCUCAUCGGAAGUUUGGGAAGCAGUAAUAAUGAAGCUGGAGUUGUGAAUAUAACAGUAACCAAUUCGGUUUUCACAAAGACACAGAAUGGUGUUAGAGUAAAGUCAUGGGCAAGACCAAGUGGUACCUAUGCUAAAAAUCUCAUGUUCAGAAAUCUUAUAAUGAGGAAUGUUGGGUACCCCAUAAUCAUUGACCAAAACUAUUGCCCUGAUAAUAGUUGCCCUCAUCAGAAUUCAGGAGUAAAGGUGAGUCAAGUAACAUACAAGAAUGUGAAAGGAACAUCGUCCACACAAGUAGCCAUGAAAUUUGAUUGCAGUUACACAAAUCCAUGCACCGGAAUCAAACUGCAAGACAUAAAGCUUACUCACAUUGAUCGCCUAAGAAGACCAGCAAUAUUGUACUGUAGAAAUGCAAGGGGAAGACAUAGCGGCACAGUCAUUCCCAAGGGUUGCUUCUGAAAGAAUGAAGAAAAAAAA